AUGGUCGCAUCGAAGUACAAUGUUUCUGUGAAUCUACAAGGAAUAACGCAUCACACUUCUAACAGAAUUUGGAAAGUUAUUUAUAAAUCUAAACUUCCUGAGCCUUGCAAUACUUAUCUUCUUAUAAGCAAAGUCGGAUUCAAUAUUUUAUCUGGACAUUUGGACAAUAACAAGGUAACAAGCCCAUUCAAGAAUCAGUGUAUACAACAAGCUAAGCCAUUUCAAGAUACAGCUGGUAAAAUAGUUUUUGCAUCAAAAACUGUACUUUAUCAUAAAAACAAUACUCUCUUUGAGAAUGGUUUAGACCCCAUCCUGAAUUCUUGCACAGAUGGGAUUAUUGUGUUAAGUGCUUUAAAUCUAACCUUUAGUUUACGCAGCAAGUUGGCUAGAAUAGCAGUCAACCAUAUUAUUCAAAAGAAAGGAUUGCAGUUGAAAUGUUUUCAAUCUGGCACCAAAGACAUUCCAAAUUUUAAACUUCUUUUGGAUCUAAAAGCAGAUGCAUUGGUAAGUAUUUUAAAUAUUUGUUAUGUGUUAUUUCAUAUGUCCAUAUUUCACAUACUAAAUGUUUGCCACAGAAAUACAAAAUAAUAUCUUACCUU